UUUGACAACAAAAGGCAAUACCGCAAAAGUCACGGUUCGUGUGACGAAAAAUUAAUGAAACAGCCGCGCUUUUCAAGCAGUUUAUUAUUGAAGUGAGUGCAGUUAAAAUUAUUGUGCGUGGUUUUGUGAAAAUUAUGAAGAGACGAAAUGUUGAUUUUGGCAAAAUGAGGAGACCCCUGAAACGAAACAAAAUAACGGAAGGAUUUUACGGAAGCACCCUAUUGUACCUGAAAUUUUUUAUUUUGUGGAUCUUGGUGAUCUUGGCAGACUUCAUUUUGGAGUUCCGUUUCGAAUUUCUAUGGCCAUUUUACCUGCUCUUACGUUCAGUGUAUGAUUCGUUUAAGUACCAGGGCUUGGCCUUCUCCGUGUUUUUUGUGUGCAUCGCCUUAACGUCAGACAUGCUGUGUUUCUUCUUUAUACCUGUGCAUUGGCUGUUUUUCGCGGCGAGUACGUACGUGUGGGUGCAGUACGUGUGGCAUACCGAUAAGGGUAUUUGCACGCCCACGAUACUACUGUGGAUAUUGUUUAUAUAUUUAGAGGCGGCGGUGCGGCUGCGCGACGUUAAGCACAUGCCCGGACAUUUGGAUCUGUGUAGGCCGUUCGCGGCGCACUGCAUAGGGUAUCCGGUAGUGACGUUGGGCUUCGGGUUCAAAUCGUACAUCGGCUACAGAAUGCGACAGCGAAAGCAGCGCGACGUCGCAAAAGAAAAUGAAUUCUACCAACAGUUGCUGCUGCAAGCAUUGCCGUUGGACGUAGGAGCGAGCGCGCCCUCCGAAAGCGCGUCUAACGCCAUCGUACCUGCGACACAACUUCAUAAUAAUGUUAAAAUUCAAAACACUACAAAUAGACAAUCUCACGAAAAGAACGGACACAUACCCAACGGUACCGUAUCCAAUGGCAUACAUCAUAAUCACAUUCAAAAACCUCACAGAAAGUCGCUAGAUAAAAGCAAAGAGCACGUCGAGCACGAAGCAAGGCACACUUUAGAAAGUAGGCAAAGAACAAGUCAGCAUUCGCACACAAACGGUUCGGCGAUUGGCGCCGGAUCCGAGGAGUUCGUCGCGUCCGAACUCGAAAACAAACCGAGCAAAAGAAGAGAGAGAAAGGAACAAGACAAAGACAGGGACACGCUCGAGUACCUGCAGCGUCUCGAGACGGACGGCAGAAGACUAAAGACCGAUCUGCAAAACAGCAGGCAGAGCGAGCAGGAGCUGCGAUUGCAGGUCGUCCAUCUCACCACGAGCGAGAAGGUCGCGAAGGGCGAAAUGUCGGCGCUGCAGCGCGAAAUCGAGGAGCUGCAGAGUAGGCUGCAGGGCGCGAACAGUGUCAGACAGACGGACCGACAGACGAUCAGCUCGUUGGAACGGCGAAUCGCCGAAGAGCGACGUCUCAGGUCCAAUUGUGAGGCGCAACUCUCGCAGGAGAGGAAAAACAGAAAACAGGAGGAGGCGAGGGCCGCACAAGUGGCAGCACAGUCCUCCAGAGGCGAAUGCACAGAACUGUGUAAGUCGCGAAGGAGGGACAUAGAGUCCGAAAUAACGGAGUGCCGUUCGACGCAAAGGUGGUCGGACGAGCGCAUUGCGUGUUUGGAAAGGGAAAACACCUCGUUAGCCGAACAGCUACGCGACACAGACAUCCUCAUGUCGGCGCUCUCUGCGAUGCAGGAGAAGAAUACUCACCUUGAAAAUUCGCUCUCCGCCGAAACUCGCAUCAAACUUGAUCUCUUCAGCGCCCUCGGCGAGGCGAAACGUCAGCUCGAAUUACGCGACACCGCUAACCGAGCGCAAGAAAAAGAAAUCGACGAACUGAAAGGUAAGAUAGCACAGGUCUUGGCUGUCAUGCCGAACGACACAUUCGCAUCUCCGCCGACGCCUUCCAGUACGAUGUCGAGAGUGCGGCUGGCCGAAAGUCCGCCCGGAUCUACGUUGGAUCCCAACGCCACGGCCUAUACGCCCAAAAGUUCCCUCGUUACUUCCACUGAGGCUUAGGUUUGACGACACUGCGCUCGAACGUCAUAAGGCUUAAAGUCUUUUGAAUUGAUUGUAAAUUGAUUUUAGGUCGGUGUCAUUUUACUACAUUUUCACUUAGGUAUUGAUAGCGCGACGCGUUUUUGUUUUUUUUUCCUUUUUUUUUUGUUGAUGGUUCAAAUAAAAAAAGUUCGCAAACGAACUUUGUUGUAAAAUGAUUAUCGGCUCUCCUAUUUUUGCGUAUCUCGUUAUAGUCCCGUAUCGUUAGCUUAUUUAAUGUGAUAUAUUUAAUUGUAACACAGUACCUUAAUGAGGCGUUCGCCGACUGUUGAUUAUUUGUGCAUUGGUACUGAUGAUUUUUCGGUUAGUUUGACACUGAUGAUGGCUCACUCUUGGCUGACAUUUGAUCUCUACUGUCUCUUUAGUGUAACUGUAAUUGACGGUUUCGUUUGACUUUGGAAAAAGUUCUACCGUAACUCCGCUCCUUUGUUGUCACACACAUCAAUUUGUACUAAUAUUAUAAAAAUGAUUUGGGGAUGUACUUAAAAGGCAACGGAAUCAGGGUAGAACCUGAUUUUAAGGUCAAACUUACACGAAAACCGUCUAUUUUAAUAAGACUACAACUUCCACCUUGUACUUACUUGAAUUGUUCCUGUUUUUAAAGAGUACACAAUUUUUUUCUUCUGUUUCUUUUUCUCCCCGAUUUGUUUUCCGUUUAUUUUGGCAAAAUUUUCCCGUGGACACGGUGAGUGUGGUACUUAAGCCUCGAAUGUUUUUUUUUAGUUUAGUUUUUUUUCUCAAUUGCCGAGACAGACAUGGACGCCCCUUGUGAGAACAAGUUAAUACACAAAUUGACGAAGAUUUGUUUACAGCCAGUUUCUGGCAAUCGAAGCUUCGUUCUUUAUCGAAUCUGAUCUACUUACGUUUGUUUUGCCAUAUUUAUUUUGUUUGCUUUCUUUUGUAGUAUUUAAUAGUAAAAUAUACGUUUAUUUUUUUAUUUGA